GCCGUGGCGGCCCCGCUGCCGCCGGGAGCUGCCGGCCCCGCGCGCCCUCCGCCCGGCCUGGCCCGCAAUAUGCCUCCGCUGCCCUCCGGCUGGUCGCCAUGCCGCCGCCGCGCCUCCUCCUCCUCCUCCUGCUGCUGCUGCUGCUGCUGAGAAGCCGCCCGGGCUCGGCAGCCUCCCCCGACUGGCGCCCGCAGCCGCCGCGGAGCGCCCUGCCCGGAGCAGCCUCGGCCGGCUCCUCUGCUGCAGGAUCGAUGUUUACAUUGAAAGUGCAAGUCAACGACAUCAUCAGUCAUCAAUACCUACGUCAAGCCGUUGUAGAAGUCUUUGUCAAUUACACCAAGACCAAUUCCACACUAACUGGCAACAGUGGAGCAGUAUUGAUAAGAGUUCCCUAUCAACUAGGUCUAAGUUUAACGAUCACAUCAUAUAAAGAUGGUUAUAUGUUGACACCUUUGCCUUGGAAGACUGGGAAAAUGCCAAUAUAUUCGUCUGUGACGCUUUCGCUGUUCCCUCAAAGCCAAGCAAAUAUAUGGCUGUUCGAGGAUACAGUUUUAAUAACUGGGAAACUAUCUGAUGCCAAAUCUCAACCAAGUGUCCAGUUUCCAAAAAAUUUAAUAAAGCUCCCAAGGAACCACCACAUCACAAAUGUGACAGCCUAUCUUACCGUGCCACAACAGUUUUUGAAAGUGGACCAUUUCCUCUAUACAACUGGGAUUCUUCUAAAUAUGUCAGGUUUUAAAAGUAUUGAGCUGACCCCUCUCGCUGCGAUAUGCGUGAACCUAUUUUCGUCGGGGAAAGAACUGAAAGUGGAUGGCUCUAUCCACAUAACGUUACCGCUUCUGCCUACGAGAACUGUAAAAGCAGGAGGUCGGAUCCUGGCGUGGACCUUUGACACGAACACUGGUGCUUGGGUAAAUCAUGGGACAGGCGUGGUCAAGGAUGCGGGGGACCAUUUAGUAUGGACGUACACUGCUCCGAGUCUGGGUUACUGGAUUGCAGCCCCACUUCCUGGAACUGCAGGAGGUGUGAAGGAUAUAACAGAGUACCACACAGUGUUUCUGACGGUCAUCCUGGGAGGCACUGUCGUCAUCAUCGCUGGGUUCUUUGUAGUCCUCCUGUGUUACUGCAGGGAUAGAUGCAGUCGAUCUCAGAGGAGAAAAAAAAACAUGACCAAACUGGAUAUCUUAAAAAGAGACCAGAUGACAUCAACCAGUCAAAUAAAUCAUCUGGGAAUCGCCAGAGGGUCACUCCAGCCCACGGACAAAUCUCAGCUGUAUUCCCCCAAGUUGUCAUCAUACAAACCACCGAGAGGGGCUACGGCAGAUGCAGAAGACAGAAAAGCUCGCGACAAUUUCGGUCACUUCUCAGAAGGCCCCCCAUACCAGUCAUCUAGCAAGAACACUCACUCGAGCUCACCCCAAUCCUUAGAACUUAGCAAGGGGGUAAGACAUUUGCAAGCAACACAAGACGUCAACAGGCGUAUAUCCCCUUCUAGAAACUCACAAGAGCAGAACCAGUAUCUCUCAAUGCAUGAAGAAAUAUAUGGUAUCUCACCUCUGCCGGAGCAAUUGGUUCAUCUUUACAGCCAGCCUAUCGCCAUCCUUCAAACUGCUGACCUUUUCCACUCCCCCGAGCAGUUGCACAGUGGCAAAUCGGCUACUUUGCCAAGGAAAGGGCAGUUGGUCUACAGUCCAAUGAUGGAGCCCUUGAGUCGGGAGAGUUACACCCAGACACUACCCAAAAUGCCAGCACACUCUCACUUGCAGCUGCCGACUUCCAGAGAUGAAACGGCGAUGUCAGAUGGUCAGCAGGGCUUAUCACCCCAAGCUGCAAACUGGGGGCGCUACACCAAUAGCUUGCUCGAGUCCGUUUCUGUUCCAGGGACGCUCAACGAGGCUGUGGUCAUGACGCCAUUUUCAUCCGAGCUUCAAGGCAUUUCGGAGCAAACCUUGUUGGAGCUCUCGAAAGGAAAACAGUCCCCGCACCCCAGGGCGUGGUUCGUGUCCUUGGAAGGCAAGCCGAUAGCCCAAGUGAGACAUUCGGUCAUCGAUCUCAAGAAGGGCCGGAAGACAGAGAGUAACGACACUAGUUUGGACUCUGGGGUGGACAUGAAUGAGCUCAACUCCAGUCGGAAACUAGAGCGGGAGAAGACGUUCAUAAAAAGUGUGCAACAUUCUAAAGUCCUCUAUCUGGAAGACUUGGAUCUCAGCAGCAGUGAAAGCGGGACCACCGUUUGCACCCCGGAAGAUCAGACUGUCAAACAUGUGCCUGAUGGAAGGGGUGAUCCGGUCCUCCAACAGCCCGCUGAAGAGGUGCCUAGGACAAAAAGCCUGGCCGAAGAGCUUGAGGCCAGCCCUCCUGCCACGAAGAAAAAAGGAAAGCCUCUUCUGACCAAAAGAGAUAGCAAAACCAACGUCCGGAAGAAGAGAGAAGACAAGCCUCUCAUUAACAUUAAUUAGAAUUACAAUUAUGUCUCUUGGGGUCGGGGGACUUGUGGAUUCCGCCCCUCCCAACCCUUCUGCGUCUUCUUUGCAGUGUUCUACAGUUGCAUAUUUUGCAGAAGAUGACGAACCUUCGUCAGCGUGAUGGAUAUCUGAGCAAACGGAAGAGGCUGUCAGUGUUUUGUUGAAACCGAAUCGUAUCGCUUUUGUUCAUUGUUUGAGCAACAUAUUUUUUUUAUAAAAGGGUUUUUUUUUUAAUCCAUGAACUAUCUGUGAAGGUGAACAUGCAAGAAGUCUCAAUGCUAAUUUUUCGGAUCAGGAACUGGGCAUUUAGUAAGGAAGAAACAGUGUGGUGUUGAUCCGGGAUAGUAUUGAAUUGCCUUGGGGAAGGGGCAGACACAUAAAAGACCGUGUCUGGUAAUGGAGAUUCUGCUUGAUGGAGAUUGUUUGAUGUAAUUAUCCAACUAGGCAGCAAGGGACUGGUUUUUUUCAACCAAUUGGCCAUGCUGGCAGGGGCUGAUGGGAUAUGUAGUCCGUGAACUUCUGGAGAGCCGCAGGUUGCAGACCCCUGAAGCGGAGAGGGUGAAAUCUAAGCAUCACAUUUACAGAUCUUCCUGCGACUUCUGUCCUGUACAUUGUUCUACCAUGAAGUUCUCUGUAUAAUCUUGGGCAGGGCGGGUGGGAUCGUUGUCAAUUCUGAAUAGUAUUUCAGGUGUUCACACCUUUCCCUUUUCAUGUUCAACUCCAGUAUGUAUUGAGCCAAAUUGUGCUCUUGUUUUUAGGAUAAAAGUUAAUUUGUACUGAUGUAUUUAGGACAGGAUUCAGUCCUCCAGUGUCUUAUUAUUGUAAAUAGCCAGAAGAAUGGCCUUGGGGAAAAGAUUUCCUCCAGUGUAGAGGCCCUGUGCUGUUACCUAGCCUUUUGAAAAACACACAAAAAAAGGCUAGAACAUAAUCAAUUUGACUUCUGUGCCUCAUUUGUUCAUUAGCUUUGAAGUACUUUGAUCCCCAGUCCUAAGAGUCUAUCAUUUAUUAGAGAAAAUCACAUUGGAAAGUGUGAUCCACUCAACUGUGAUUAUGAAUAAGCUCAGCCAUAACCUCCAGGAUUCUUUCCUGUGGCCAAAUUGGCCUUAUGGGACUUGGCCUAAUUUUUGCACCCUGUUUAUCCUCUCAUCUGAUAGCAAAACAUGUCUUAGUCAGAGACCAUAAUUAAGUGAUGAUUUGUCACUGUUGAAAUUAUAUAACGCCAUCAUCCUAAGACCUGGCAAACGAAACCAGAGGCAGUAGGCAUACCAAGCGGCUUCCUACAUGUCCCAUCAACGAGCUUCGCUGCUGUCUGAGAUGAGAGCCUGAACCAAUCGCAGGUUGAGCAAAAAGACCUUUCCCUGGCUAUUUGCUACAUUGAUAUGGCGAUGUACAAAGUCACGUGCAGACUUGAUAUGCUUGAUUUGCAUAACCAGCAGUUUGCAUAAUAUGCAAAUUAAGUUGCCUGGAUUUGGAGGACUUCAGCACAAACCUGAUGGGCUGCACAUCUGUACAAAACACGACGAACGAGCUUCCGCCUCAAGGUCUGCCUUUCACGUUAUGUUUGUCUGUAGGAACCCCAAGUGUUUCCUGACCCUAGUUGUGCACUAUAGAGUACGUUCAUCAGGUUUUCAGGCCCAGCCUUUUGCUGACUUCCAGACGGGAAGGUGAACAGUGGACCCGGCCGAUAGGACAACAGCCAUUCGUGGAAGAGAAUUUAUUGUAGAGUUGGAAAUGGUUACCAAAAGAA